AAUUUUUUAUUUUGAUUCCCAGUUAAAAAAAAAAAAAAAGAAACAGAAAAGAAAGAGCCCCCUCCGCUCUUUCCUCCACAUCUUUUUUUCCUACAUUACGUUUUUCAAUUCGCACUAGACGCACACUUUAAUUCACUACAACUGUUUAAUGUCAAACCAUCUCAAGAGCAAUCAUGUUGAUGAAGUUGAUUCAGAUAUUGAUGACUUGCUAGAUGAUGUUCUUGAUGAUAUAUCCAACUUGUCUACAACAGAAAAACAGCCUUCCAAAUCAACAACAGAAGCGGUAGCUGACAAGGCUAAAGAAACAGCGACCACGGCUGCUGCCCCUUCUGCCGAAAAAGAGGUUGCCGAAGAGCCCGACUUGGAAGAUCUGUUAGGUAGUGACGACUUUGCAAAGCAAUUAGCUGCAGGCAUGGAACAACUCAUGGGUGGAAUGGACGGUGAAGCAGAUGAAGAGAUGAAAAAGGCAUUUGAGAAAGUCUGGGCGUCGUUUGAUAACGAGACACCUGUCCCUACAGCUUCAGCACCCCCCACUGCAACGACCACAACAUCGUCGUCAAAAAACAAGGAGGAUGGAGCAACAAAAAAGUCAGCGCAAUCAUUUCAGGAUACCAUCAACAAGACGAUGAAUAAGUUGAAAGAUAGUUCAAAAGAAAUUGAUUCUUCAAUGAAUGAAGAAGCAGAAGAUGCUUUUAUGGCAGAAUUGAUGAAACAGAUGGAAUCCUUGGCAGAUAACGGAGAAUUUGAGGGCGUUUUGGAAGGAAUGAUGAGCCAACUCAUGUCGAAAGAGCUUCUUUACGAACCCAUGAAAGAUUUACGUGAUAAAUACCCCAAGUGGCUAGAGGAACACAAGGAUACGAUCGAUAAGGCAGAAUAUGAAAAAUAUCAGCAGCAAAUGAACAUGUGUCAGCAAAUUGUUGCUAAAUAUGAAGCGCCUCAUUUUGAUGAAAAGGAUGAAGUACAGGCAAAGGAAAUCAUGGAUUUAAUGACAAAGAUGCAAGACUUGGGGCAGCCACCUGCUGAUUUGUUGGGUGAGAUGGCCCCUGGCAUCAAUUUUGGUAAUACUGAAGCUAUGCCAGACCUCAAAGAUCUGGAAAACUGUACUAUUAUGUAAUGCUCCUGUCCUUUGAAAGACCCCCUAUUCCCUCCCCUUUAUUUAAUGUUCGUAACUCUAUUGCCAACUUGUAUUAGCUAAUAAAGCGCGUGUAUUUUCUUAAAUUUGGUUUGAAAAUACAUCGAGAUCGUAAGUCACUGAUGAUGAUCUAUGAUGAGCUUUUUUGACACUAGGAUACACAGUUUGGACAACCUAUCACUUUCAGUUUGAGAUUCACAAAAGAGUUUUAUUGUAGGG